ACGCAGGCCGGCGGGGGCGCGCGAGCUCACGCCCUCUAGCGGGCCGCGGCGGCGCCGGGUGGCCGUGACGUGGGCGCUCCCUUCAGCCGGCCUGCGGGGCACCGCCAGUCAGUCUGGGAGCAAGAGCCCCGCGCGCAGGCGGCGCGGGCUCGGCCAUUGGCGCGCCGCCGCUGGCGCUGGGCUCGCGGCUGCCGGUGGAGAGGCGGCGGGCAGGACGCGCGCGGCCACGGCCACGCCACGGCCGGCGCCGGAGGCUCGGGUCCCGAGCAGGGUGGUGGAAGGAGAGCGGCGGCGGUGGCGGCGGGCGCCGGAACCGAGGGAGGAUUUUUUGGCUCUGCGGACGCGCCCUCCGCUCCCUUCUCGGAGCGGCGGCGCCAGACGGCGAGUGGGGGACCAGGAACAAGGGAAGAGGACUCAGGACCUGUCCCUCCCCCGCAGCCCGGGAGCUGCCGGAGUUGUUCGGACUUGUGCAAACUGUUGCCACUUUGCGGGGCUGACUCCGCGUUUGGCUGUUGAUCCUUCUGUCCUCACGGCCGUAGAGCCAAAGCUACCGUCUCGCCUUCGCCGCUAGGGAUCGGCCCGGCGCGCACUGGGCAGCACCAUGAGACUUGGGACUUGCCUGGCGACUUUGGCCGGACUUUUGCUAACUGCAGCAGGGGACACGUUUUCAGGUGGUUGCCUCUUUGAUGAGCCAUAUAGCACCUGUGGCUACAGUCAAGCUGAAGAUGAUGACUUCAAUUGGGAGCAGGUUAACACCUUGACCAGGCCAACCUCUGAUCCAUGGAUGCCAUCAGGUUCUUUCAUGCUGGUGAACACAUCUGGGAGACCUGAGGGGCAGAUUGCCCACCUGCUUUUACCUCAGCUUAAAGAAAAUGACACCCACUGCAUCGAUUUCCACUAUUUUGUAUCCAGCAAGAGUAAUUCUGCACCCGGCCUACUCAAUGUCUAUGUGAAGGUCAAUAACGGGCCCAUGGGAAAUCCUAUCUGGAAUGUAUCAGGAGACCCAACACGCACAUGGAACAGGGCAGAACUUGCCAUUAGUACUUUCUGGCCUAAUUUUUAUCAGGUGAUUUUUGAAGUGGUGACUUCUGGACAUCAAGGCUACCUUGCUAUUGAUGAAGUGAAGGUGUUAGGACAUCCAUGCACCAGAACUCCCCACUUCCUGAGGAUUCAGAACGUGGAAGUGAACGCCGGCCAGUUUGCCACCUUCCAGUGCAGCGCCAUCGGCAGGACUGUGGCGAGUGACAGUCUCUGGCUGCAGGGCAUUGAUGUGCGUGACGCUCCCCUGAAGGAAAUAAAGGUGACGAGUUCCCGAAGAUUCAUCGCUUCAUUUAAUGUUGUGAACACAACAAAACGAGAUGCUGGAAAGUACCGCUGCAUGAUCCGCACUGAAGGAGGUGUUGGGAUAUCAAACUAUGCAGAAUUGGUAGUUAAAGAACCACCUGUUCCCAUCGCUCCCCCCCAGCUGGCCUCCGUGGGAGCGACCUACCUGUGGAUCCAGCUCAAUGCCAACUCCAUCAACGGGGACGGGCCCAUCGUGGCCCGUGAGGUAGAGUACUGCACAGCCAGUGGGAGCUGGAAUGACCGGCAGCCCGUGGAUUCCACCAGUUAUAAAAUUGGGCACCUUGAUCCGGACACUGAAUAUGAGAUCAGUGUACUCCUCACCAGGCCAGGGGAAGGUGGCACUGGCUCUCCUGGGCCAGCUCUCAGGACAAGAACCAAGUGUGCUGAUCCCAUGCGUGGUCCAAGAAAGCUAGAAGUUGUAGAGGUCAAAUCUCGACAGAUCACUAUCCGCUGGGAGCCAUUUGGUUAUAACGUGACCCGUUGCCAUAGUUACAAUCUCACCGUCCACUACUGUUACCAAGUCGGAGGACAGGAACAAGUGCGAGAAGAAGUGAGCUGGGAUCCAGAUAACUCCCACCCACAGCACACUAUCACCAACCUGUCACCAUACACCAAUGUCAGCGUCAAACUCAUCCUCAUGAACCCCGAGGGACGCAAGGAGAGUCAGGCACUCGUCGUGCAGACGGAUGAAGACCUCCCAGGUGCAGUUCCCACUGAAUCCAUCCAAGGAAGUACCUUUGAAGAGAAGAUAUUUCUUCAGUGGAGAGAACCCACCCAAACAUAUGGUGUAAUCACAUUAUAUGAGAUCACCUACAAAGCAGUCAGCUCCUUUGACCCAGAAAUAGAUUUAUCCAAUCAAAGUGGAAGAGUUUCAAAAUUGGGAAAUGAAACUCAUUUUCUGUUUUUCGGACUGUAUCCUGGGACCACGUACUCAUUUACCAUCCGAGCGAGCACAGCUAAAGGCUUUGGGCCUCCAGCAACAAACCAGUUCACCACCAAAAUAUCAGCACCUUCGAUGCCAGCUUAUGAACUGGAGACACCUUUGAAUCAAACUGACAACACAGUGACAGUCAUGCUGAAACCUGCUCAGAGCAGAGGUGCACCUGUCAGUGUCUAUCAAAUCGUUGUUGAGGAAGAACGUCCCCGAAGAACUAAAAAGACAACGGAAAUCUUGAAGUGCUACCCGGUGCCUAUUCACUUCCAGAAUGCUUCCGUACUGAACUCCCAGUACUACUUCGCCGCAGAGUUUCCAGCAGACAGCCUCCAAGCGGCUCAGCCUUUCACUAUUGGUGAUAAUAAGACCUAUAAUGGAUACUGGAACACUCCCCUGCUCCCCCAUAAAAGCUACAGAAUUUACUUCCAAGCUGCUAGCAGAGCCAAUGGGGAAACCAAAAUAGACUGUGUCCGAGUGGCCACAAAAGGAGCCGCCACUCCAAAACCAGUCCCAGAACCCGAGAAACAAACGGACCACACAGUUAAAAUUGCUGGAGUCAUUGCUGGCAUCUUGCUGUUCGUUAUUAUAUUUCUUGGAGUUGUGUUGGUAAUGAAGAAAAGGAAACUAGCCAAGAAGCGGAAGGAGACAAUGAGCAGCACCCGGCAGGAGAUGACCGUGAUGGUGAACUCCAUGGACAAAAGCUAUGCUGAGCAAGGCACCAACUGCGACGAGGCCUUCUCGUUCAUGGACACGCACAAUCUGAAUGGGAGGUCCGUGUCCUCACCCUCGUCGUUUACGAUGAAAACCAACACUCUGAGCACAUCGGUGCCUAAUUCCUAUUACCCAGACCCAUUUGUGCCAACUGCAAUUUUAGAUGAAACCCACACAAUGGCCAGUGAUACCAGCAGCCUGGUGCAGUCCCACACCUACAAGAAGCGAGAGCAGACAGAUGUGCCCUACCAGACCGGCCAGCUUCACCCCGCCAUCCGGGUGGCAGACCUCCUUCAGCACAUCACGCAGAUGAAGUGUGCCGAGGGCUACGGCUUCAAGGAAGAGUAUGAGAGUUUCUUCGAAGGACAGUCAGCACCAUGGGACUCUGCUAAGAAAGAUGAGAACAGAAUGAAGAACAGAUACGGGAAUAUCAUUGCGUAUGAUCAUUCCCGGGUGAGGCUGCAGACAAUUGAAGGAGACACCAAUUCAGACUAUAUCAAUGGAAAUUACAUUGAUGGCUAUCAUCGACCCAAUCACUAUAUUGCUACCCAAGGGCCAAUGCAGGAGACCAUCUAUGACUUCUGGAGGAUGGUGUGGCAUGAGAACACCGCCAGCAUCAUCAUGGUGACCAACCUCGUGGAAGUGGGAAGGGUCAAAUGCUGCAAAUAUUGGCCAGAUGACACAGAGAUAUACAAAGACAUCAAAGUUACCUUAAUAGAAACAGAACUGCUGGCAGAAUAUGUGAUCAGAACAUUUGCUGUUGAAAAGGGAGGGGCCGGAGGUGAAGCCAACUGCAGUCCGUCCAGAGAAGUGUCACAGAGAGGCGUUCACGAAAUCCGCGAGAUCAGACAGUUCCACUUCACUGGCUGGCCCGAUCACGGGGUCCCCUACCAUGCCACUGGCCUACUGGGAUUUGUCCGGCAGGUCAAAUCCAAGAGUCCACCUAAUGCCGGCCCUCUGGUGGUACACUGCAGUGCCGGUGCGGGGAGGACUGGCUGUUUCAUUGUCAUCGACAUCAUGUUGGACAUGGCCGAGAGGGAAGGAGUGGUGGACAUCUACAACUGCGUGCGGGAGCUGCGGUCGCGGAGGGUGAACAUGGUGCAAACAGAGGAGCAGUACGUGUUCAUCCAUGACGCCAUCCUGGAAGCCUGUCUUUGUGGAGACACAUCUGUCCCUGCCUCCCAAGUCAGGUCUCUCUACUAUGACAUGAACAAACUGGAUCCACAGACAAAUUCAAGUCAGAUCAAAGAGGAGUUCCGGACACUAAACAUGGUGACGCCGACGCUGCGUGUGGAAGACUGCAGCAUCGCACUGCUGCCCCGGAACCACGAGAAGAACCGCUGUAUGGACAUCCUGCCCCCAGACCGCUGCCUGCCCUUCCUCAUCACCAUCGACGGGGAGAGCAGCAACUACAUCAACGCUGCCCUCAUGGACAGCUACAAACAGCCUUCAGCCUUUAUAGUCACCCAGCAUCCUUUGCCAAACACAGUCAAAGACUUCUGGAGACUGGCCCUGGAUUAUCACUGCACGUCGGUAGUUAUGCUGAACGAUGUGGAUCCUGCCCAGUUGUGUCCACAGUACUGGCCAGAAAAUGGAGUGCACAGGCACGGCCCCAUCCAGGUGGAAUUCGUGUCUGCUGAUCUGGAAGAGGACAUCAUCAGCAGGAUAUUCCGGAUUUAUAACGCAGCGAGGCCCCAAGAUGGAUACCGGAUGGUGCAGCAGUUCCAGUUCCUGGGCUGGCCGAUGUACAGGGAUACGCCCGUGUCCAAGCGCUCCUUCCUGAAGCUCAUCCGCCAAGUGGACAAGUGGCAGGAGGAGUACAAUGGUGGGGAAGGCCGCACAGUCGUGCACUGCUUGAAUGGCGGAGGCCGCAGCGGCACGUUCUGUGCCAUCAGCAUCGUCUGUGAGAUGCUCCGACACCAGAGGAGUGUGGACGUCUUCCAUGCCGUGAAGACGCUGAGGAACAACAAACCCAACAUGGUGGAUCUCCUGGAGCAGUACAAGUUCUGCUACGAGGUGGCCCUGGAGUACUUGAAUUCCGGCUGAUGGCGUCCACCAGCCUGCAGGCAAAGCCCUCUGUACCACAGGGUCGAGACGGGCCACGGUGUUCAUGUAGGAGAGAUGAAGACUUCUCAAUAUGCUUAUUUGUGCUUUGCAUAAUUGGCUCUUUUUAAGAGCCCCAGAGCGCAUUUCUAAAACCGCUUGCACUGCCCAAUUCCCAGUCAUGCUGCUGCUGACGGAAUCACACGCCCAGCCAGAUACUGUACUCCCAGUUGCCAGCUUGUUAGAGCAGCGUAGACAUCUGGUCAACCGAAGAGCACAAUUCUAUUCUUAUGAAGGGUUUUGUACCUUUGGGGGAUGAUUUCGGGGCCCAUGAUCCUCUGUUGUUGCCUCUGAGUGUCCGUCUUUGUUCUGUGGAGAAUGCUAUCUGGCAUUAUGAUGAUAUAUUAUUUUACUGAAUAUUUGUAUUUUAACAUGUUGCAUAAAUAGAAACUCCUGUAGCUUUUCAGAACUAACAGAUAAACGUGGAAGGGACUAAGAGAUGUUGUAUGAGUUCCUGUUUCUAUCAGAUUUGUAUUGUGUCCAAAGGAGGAGUUUGGGAGGACUCAGCUCAACCCACGUGGAACCCGACGAUCAGAUUCAGAGAGCCAAAGCUUUUCUGUGUGUUUAUAUUGUAAAUAUUUUUGAUUUCAUCAAAUUAUUUAUUCAUUAAAAGAAAUUUUUGUGAAGCA